GCAUUUGUUCUUCUUCCUCAACUCAUCUUCUUACAAUCUCUCACCUCCUAAAAAAUGGCGACAAAGGAAAAAACAGACAUGGAAAACGACGAUGUUGUCACUGACAAGAUUCAUUACAGAGGUGUCAAAGCUAUGCCCUUCAUUAUAGGGAAUGAGACGUUUGAGAAGCUGGGAGCAAUUGGGACACUAUCAAAUCUGCAGGUUUAUCUGACCACUGUUUUCAACAUGAAGCGCAUUUCUGCAACAACGCUUCUUAGUGUCUUCCACGGCACUACCAAUUUUGCGACGCUUUUUGGUGCUUACUUUUGCGACACUUAUUUUGGUCGCUACAAAACCCUCGGUUUCGGCUCCUUCGCCUCCUUUCUGGGGUUGCUGGUGAUAACUCUAACCGCCGCCUUCAAAAACCUGCACCCACCCCACUGCUCGCCGGGAACCACCACAUGCGUCGGCGCAACCCCGCCGCAGACGGCGUUCCUCUACGCCGGAUUCGGGCUACUGAUUAUCGGCGCCGGAGCAAUCCGGCCCUGCAACCUGGCGUUCGGCGCCGACCAGUUCAACCCGAACACAGUCUCCGGCAAGAGGGGAAUCGACAGCUUCUUCAACUGGUACUUCUUCACGCUCACCUUCGCGCAGAUGGUAUCGGUGACGCUCGUCGUCUACGUUCAGUCCGAUCUCAGCUGGCCCAUCGGACUGGCGAUUCCGGCGGGGUUUAUGUUGAUCUCGUUGUUUCUUUUCUUCGCCGGCACGAGGAUCUAUGUGAUGGUCAAGCCGGAGGGGAGCCCGUUGACUAGCGUGGCGCAGGUGGUGGCGGUUGCUGUUAGGAAGAGGCGGCUGAAGCACCCUCCGCAGCCGUGGCUCAGCCUCUUCAGCUACGCGCCGCCUAAGUCCAUCAACUCCAGGCUUCCUUACACCGAACAGUUCAGAUUUCUUGACAAGGCGGCAAUCGUAACCCCAGAAGACGCCGUGAAACCAGACGGCUCCGCCGCCAACCCGUGGCGGCUGUGCAGCCUUCAGCAAGUGGAGGAAGUAAAAUGCCUCCUCCGCGUACUGCCGAUAUGGGCCGCCGCCGUACUUUACCACGUCGGCGAGAAGCAGCAGUACGUCGUCUUCCAAGCAAUGCAGUCCGACCGCCACCUCACCGCCGCCUCCACCUUCCAAAUCCCUCCGGCCACCUACGCCGUCUUCUCCAUGCUAACCCUCACCCUCUGGGUCCCACUCUACGACAGAGCCGCCGUCCCCUUCCUCAGAAAACUGACCGGAAAACCCGGCGGAAUCACCGUCCUCCAAAGAAUCGGGAUCGGAAUCGCACUCACGGUAGUGGAAUCGCUCAUCUCCGCCGCCGUGGAGCAGGAAAGAAGAAGGCGGGCUCCGGGUGGCGGCGCCGGCGCCGUGUCGGCGAUGUCGGCGAUGUGGCUGGUGCCGCAGCUGUCGCUGGCGGGGCUGGCGGAGGCGUUCUGCGCGAUCGGGCAGGUGGAGUUCUUCUACAAGGAGUUCCCGGAGAAUAUGAGGAGCGUGGCGGGGUCCUUCUUCUUCUGCGGGAUGGCGGCGGCGAACUACCUGAACGGGUUCUUGAUAUCGGUGGUGCACAGGGCGACGGAGGGUUCGCCGGCCGGGAAUUGGCUGCCGGAGGAUCUGAAUAAAGGGAGGUUGGAUUAUUUCUAUUACCUUGUCGCUGGUUUGUGUGCUUUGAAUUUUGUGUAUUUUCUUGUUUGCGCCAAGUGGUACAGCUACAAGGGGAGUGGCGGGAAGGAUGACGUCAUCGCUUCUUUUGAAAUGGAAGAGAGAGAAAUUGUGAAGAUUUGAAAUGUGCAUUGUGUAUUUCAGGACUUGAAUACAAGUGACUAAAAAGGGUAUUUU